UUCACAGCAGCGAACAGGGAAGUGUCACAUUAAUCACCCGUGUGUUUUGCCUGCUUGCUUACACACUUGGAGCCUGUUCAUAGGUGUACCUGUAGCGCGAUGUUGGAACCGUUGCUGGCGCACCCUGACAUCGUACCGCGCAUGCGCCUGCAGCUCGGCUGUGGCCAACUACCUGGGCUGGCGCAUCGUGCAAACGAUGGGCCAGCACGCGACCGAGCGGUUCCGGCGGGCGCGGUUCCGCUUCGACCGCUACCGGUACCUGCUGCAGGAUGUGGGCGAGAUUCCACGAGAAUGCGUGCGCCUCACGUCGCACCUGCUGCACUUCGCCGUGGGCCGGCUCUACUUCGACCGGCACAUCUCGAGGCCCGCCGAGCGUUACAGGAAGCUCUACGACAUGGCGGAGGAGCUGCGGGACGCCUUUGCAGUCCUCAUCGACCUGAACACCUGGAUGGACUCUGACACCAAGGAGAGGGCGAGGCAGAAGCUGCACCACCUGCAGAUGAACAUCGGCUUCCCUCCCUGGAUCAAGAGCGACCGGGACCUGGACGAGUACUACAAGGACGUUCCGGAUCUGCGCAAGGAGGAGUUUUUCAUCAGCCUCCUGCGCACGCUCAAGAUUUACAACCGCAUCAUGUUUGCCCGCCUGCGUCGCUUCAAGAAGGCCGAGGACUUCGGGUGGAUUCCGCCCUACCCCUCUACCGCGAUGCACUACAGCCUACUGGGAAACUAUAUGCUUCUCCCAGUCGACUACAUUCAGUACCCGUUUUUUCUACUGGACAUGGCCCCACCGAUCAAUUUCGGCGCCCUCGGAACCAUCAUGGGGCAGCAGCUGACGUUCGGCUUCGGGGAGCAAGGCGCGCUGUACGAUGAGCACGGCAAGCUGGUGGAGUGGUGGUCUCGCGAGACGCACCGCAAGUUCGUCACCGGCGCCCGCUGCCUCUCCGAGCAGUACGACCAGUUUAACAACCCCAUCACCGGCAUGAAGCUAAGCGUCAACAACACCCUGGAGACGAGCAUCGCCGACAACGCCGGCCUGCGACUCGCGUUCAAGGCAUUCCGGGUGUACAUGACCAAGUACGAGGAGCGCUACGGCAUGUACUCCAUACCCGGCAUGGAGCCUUGGACCAUGGAGCAGGUCUUUUUCAUCGCGUACGCUCUGUCGCGUUGCGAGGUCUCCCGGAAGCGCUCCAUGUACUUCUACCUGCGCCCCCGAGACCAGAUACCCAACCGCUUCAGGACCAUCAUCCCGCUGAUGAACUUCGAGAGGUUCUCGGCCAUCUUCAACUGCAAGGCAGGCACCAUCAUGAACCCAGAACAGAAGUGCAUCGUGUGGUAGCCAGCCUGCUGGCGAAUAUAAGUGCGCCAUAAAGUUAACCGAUGUCGCGGUUCUCUCUGCCUUUCUUUAACGAUGCCCUACUUCUUGUUCAGGUGAUGUCCUCCAAUGAGCAUAACAUAAUUCUUUGCUUAUUGUGUGCGCCAGGCGUGGCAGCAUAUCGGACGAUUUGUUUUACAUUGGUGUUGCUAUCGUGGUUCGUUAUCUGCACCAAAUCCGCGUACAAUAAUGCAUUAUUUCAAGCUAUAAUUUCUGUAAAUAUUAGCAAAUAAAAAGUUC